AUGCAAACUCAGGGGUUGAUCUCAUUUUAAGUCUUUAAUCUCAUUUUUCCAUUUUCAAGAAAACUUUUUAUAUCUGUCUCUCUCUAUCUCUCUCUCUUUGUACAUAAACAUUUAUAGAUAAACUCGCAUAUAUGGCGACUGAAACAUCAUCUUCUUUGAAGCUCUUCGGUAUAAACCUACUAGAACCGACGACGUCGGAUCAAAACCGGUCACCCCAACCAAGACCCGAAUCCGGAUCCGGAUCCGAGUCACGUAAGUACGAGUGUCAAUAUUGUUGUAGAGAGUUUGCUAACUCUCAAGCUCUUGGUGGUCACCAAAACGCUCACAAGAAAGAGCGUCAGCUUCUAAAACGUGCACAGAUGCUAGCCACUCGCGGUUUGCCACGUCAUCAUAGUUUUCACCCUCACACGAAUCCACUUCUCUCCGCCUUUGCACCGUUGCCUCAUCUCCUCUCUCAGCCGCAUCCUCCGCCGCAUAUGAUGAUGUCUUCUUCUUCCUCGAGUGCUAAGUGGCUUUACGGUGAGCACAUGCCGUCACAAAACCCCGUUGGUUACUUUCAUGGUGGAAGGGGACUUUACGGGGGAGGGACUGAGUCUAUGGCUGGAGAAGUUAAAGCUCACGGUGGUUCUUUGCCAGUGAUGAGGAGGUUCGCCGGAGAGAGUGAUCGUAGUAACGGAGUCAAGUUAGAGAAUGGUAUUGGGCUGGACCUCCAUUUAAGUCUUGGGCCAUGAAUGACCCAGUCAAAAUUAAAAUAUUACUAUUGGGAUUUCAUUUUUAUAGAGUUUUUUUUUUCUUUUCUUAAUUUUAGUUGAAAUUGGUGAUUACUAUUUUUUCUCUUACUUUACCAAAUCUCAUAUUCUAUGUAUGCGUUUGCUUUCGCUUUUUUUUUUUUUAAAUAUAUUCUUCUUGUAAAAAUGCAAUGUGAAUUAUUUACCCUAUCAUUCUGUUAA